CCCUCAAGUAGUCAUUUAUUUUAAAUUUCAUUGCUUUUUAAAUAUCAUCCAUGGCAUAUAAGCUUCUUAAGUCAUUGGAGGUGGUGGCGAUUUCAGUGUUGUUUGUAAUAUUGCAAAACUGGGCAAAUGCAAAGCCCCAAGUGCCAUGCUAUUUCAUUUUUGGGGACUCCUUAUCCGAUAAUGGCAACAACAAUAACCUUAGCACCUUGGCCAAAGUCAACUAUUCACCCUAUGGCAUUGAUUUUCCCGUAGGACCAACAGGAAGGUUCAGCAAUGGCAGAACCGUGGUGGAUUUUAUUGUUGAGAAUUUGGGGUUCACAAGUUCUAUGCCUCCUUUCGCCGAAUCACAAGGGGAAAACAUUUUGAAUGGUGUGAACUAUGCGUCUGGUGCUGCCGGCAUUCGUGACGAAACUGGAAAACAUCUGGGUGAUCGAAUAUCUUUGAACAGGCAGAUACAAAAUCACAAAAUUAUAAUAUUGAGACUUCUUAGGUUAAUGCGAAAUAAUACAGAGACUAGAUUGCUCUUAAAUCAAUGUAUUUAUUCAAUUCAAAUCGGAAGCAAUGACUACAUCAACAAUUAUUUCAAGCCAGAGUUCUACGGCACUAGUCGACUCUUUACUCAGAUGCAAUAUGCGACAUUGCUCGUUCACCAACUCUCGAACCAACUUAAGACUUUGUACAACACUGGCGCAAGGAAAUUUGCGGUGUAUGGACUGUCGCUUAUUGGUUGCGCCCCAUUCGCAAUUUUGGAGUACGGAACCAAUGGAUCACUUUGUGUCGAUAAAUUAAACAACGCUGCUGCACAUUUCAACGAGAGGCUUAUGCCAUUGGUAGAUCAACUUAACAAUGAUCUACCCAAUGCUCAAUUUACUUAUCUUGCUCCUGCUCCUGAUUCGACCACAUUCGUGACGAAUGGUUCGUGUUGCACAAUUGGCGGUGGCGGCGGAGAGCUUUGUCUCAAAAAUUCGAAGCCGUGCAGUAAUCGACGGCGAUUCAUAUUUUGGGACGGUUACCAUCCUACCGAGGCUUGGAACGAGAAGGUUGCCGAAAGGGCUUAUAGCUCCGAAUCUUCUCUCGAAGCUAAUCCGUUUAACAUUCAUAAAUUAGCAAAACUCUAAAGCUUCAUAAGAAUAAUAAUGAAGAUGAUGAUGAUUCAAAUAAAGUUUGUUUGGGAGAUAAUGAAGUAAUCAUGUUGUUUAAUGAAAUCUGGAUUUAAUGUUUGACUUGA